UUGUUCUCCCCACACAUGUGCACACCCCUUCCCCCAGGUGUGAGCUCUGCUUUCGGUUGGGAAAAGCAAAGAGAGGCAUUUGUUCCUAACGCCGGCUUGGCUGCAGAUCAGGGUCAAAGACCACCUGAGCCCAUGGGUGUUACGCAAGAGGCUGUUGUGAAGGGGCCCCAGCCUGCAGCAUCCACCAGCCCGCCUCCCUGCUGCCCUCUCCAAUGUGGUCAGCGGGUUGCGAAAGCCCCAGGAGUACAUAAAGCAUUCCCUGCCUGGGCACUGCCACCACCAUCAACACUUGGGCUCUCAAGAGGCUCCAGGGACCGGCACUGUCUGGACAGGAUGGCCCACACGGAGAGAGCUCUGCCCUGGCUGCUGCUGCUGUCACUGGCCUUGAUGGACAGCAGCACUGCAGAGCGGGACUGCCGAGUAAGCAGCUUCAAAGUCAAGGAGAACUUCGACAAGACCAGGUACAGUGGCACCUGGUAUGCUAUGGCAAAAAAAGAUCCUGAGGGGCUGUUUCUGCAGGACAAUGUGGUAGCCCAGUUCAGCGUAGAUGAGAAUGGACAAAUGACUGCCACUGCAAAGGGCAGAGUCAGACUCUUCAAUAACUGGGAUGUCUGUGCUGACAUGAUCGGCUCUUUCACUGACACAGAAGAUCCUGCCAAGUUCAAGAUGAAGUACUGGGGAGUCGCCUCUUUUCUGCAGAAAGGAAAUGAUGACCACUGGGUAGUGGACACAGAUUAUGAUACAUAUGCUCUUCAUUACUCCUGCCGCCAGCUAAAUGCAGAUGGCACUUGUGCUGAUAGCUACUCCUUUGUGUUCUCCCGGGACCCCAAGGGAUUGCCUCCAGAUGCACUGAAAAUUGUCAGACAAAGGCAGAUAGACCUCUGUUUGGACAGAAAAUACAGAGUUAUCGCUCAUAAUGGAUUUUGCUCUUAAGGAGAUCCAACCCUAUGGAAAGAACCCAUGUAACAGCACCACGGAUGUAAAGUUAACACAUUGAUCCUGUGUUCUCUGGAAAACGCUUUAAAUGGGUCCAUUUAGAUUUUCAAUAUAUUUAUCUGAGCUGUGUAUCUCACCUUGUUAAUAAACCAAUGAAACAUUUUAAUAAACUUGGAUUACACAGGA